AUGCCUGGCCCAGAUGGCCUUCAGAUGCCUGGCUUUUGCCUUGUGGUCUGUGGCCUCUGUGCCUGUGGCGGCCGGUGGCGAGGAUCUACCUUCUCUUUUAGCACUUUGGUCUUGAAUGCUUUCGUUGGUCUUCGACCAAAUUGGCUGUCCUCGCUCUCUCAGGUUGCAAUGCUGUCGAGAGAUGAGGAGCACUUGCUUAAGCAGCAUUUAAGCCUGUGGCGCGAGAUUGGCGACUGCUUUCUCAUUGGCUUGGACUCCAGAAAUAAGGACCGCUCGGAGGCCACGGCACGACGGCUCUUGGUGCCCAAGGAGCUGGAGGUCUAUCACUUCGAUUUCGUUGGCUUCGGUCCGGCCAAGUCCCAACUUUUGCAGGAGAGCUACCAGAGGUUUCCGAAGAUUGACUAUGUCCUUCUGGUUGAGCCUGACAUGCGCCCCGUGUCAACGACCUUCAAGCGUUCUGCCUUGCGGCAGAGGGAGGUCGUGUAUGCCGUCCGACGCUCUGGGAAGGAGUCUCGAGGAGAGCGCUUGGCCGACUCGGUCUUUCGCAACGAUGGGCGCUGGUAUUUCAAGUUCCGCGUGCAUGAGAGCCCCAUCUACCGGCGAGCCGAGGGCCAUCCGGGUGUGCCGAACCAGGUGAGUGACACUGGCUGGGCAGUGCUGGAAGUCACUGGAAGUGUACGGGAUGCACAGCAGCGGCACAAGAGAAUCAGAGAGGAGCUUCGGCUGGUGGGAGAGGAUUUGCGAGACUAUCCGGGGCACCCACGCCUGAGCUACUAUGCUGGCGCCUUGCGCUAUGAACUCGCUAUGGAGCUUGGGUCUGAUGUGGAGCGGCAGGAGCUGGCACGGGAGGCGGUGAAGAUCUUGCAGCGAAGAUCCCGUGAUGAUGCAAAAGGUCAGGAAGAGGAGCAGCAGCGCUCCGCUGCUGCGUACUUCUGUGGCCGAAGCUAUUGGGAUUUGCUCGGUGAUGUGAGAAAGGCAGAGAAGUGGUUGAAGACAUCCUCCAAGCUGGAGAGGGGUUUCUUGUAUCCACGUGUGGCACUGAUCCAGCUGCUGUUUCAGCAGCAGCGGUACGUGGAAGCGCUGGAGGAAGCUCAGAGCGCCGAAGCGGAGUUGCUGCCGCAGCAGCCGCGGCUCUUUAUGGACAGUGGCCCGCUCCAUGUGUGUGAUGUGCCGCUCCUCCUGAGCAAGGAGCUGGGCUCAGCGGCCUCUGGGAGCGGCGAGGGGAGCUCCUGGCACGGUGUGAGGGAGGCCUUUGUGUUGAAGCUCACGUGGAGAGGUGAACGCGCUGACCUGCGUGGCCAUGACUCGGUAGCGGUGGAAGCACACCAAGAUUGCAUGCUGCAGUUGCGUGCUUGCCGCCCUGGUGAGUCGGGCUUGCAGCUGGUGGGGGCCGUGCCGCUCUACCUCAAGAAGCACAGUGAGGGCGAAUUCUGCGAAGAAGCAGACUGGAUUGAGGCUUCGUGGAGGCAUAAGAACUCCCACUGGCCACGACUUUUUGUGGGCGUGCCUUUCACACCUCACCGUGGCCGACGCCUGAUCACUGCAGCUUGGUUGCCUGAAGUUGAACGCACCGAGGUGGAGAGAGAACUUUUGGAAGGUCUUCGAGCCAUUUCUGUUAGAACGAAGAUCAGUGUCAACAUUGGAUUUCCCACGGAGGGUGAGGGACACACCUUGAAAGACCAUGGCUUCGUGAUGCGCUUUGCCAGACAAGCGUGGUGGAGCAAUCGGAUGCCAGAGCGUUACAAAGAUUUCCAGGAUUUUUUGCGAACGUUGCGCGUGAAGAGGGCGCGGGAGAUUGCCAAGCAGAGAGCAGAACUCAAAGAGGCCAUAAGCAAGCUGGGAGGGCACAUCCAAGUCAUUGACGGCUCCAGAACGCCAUCUGCGGUCACCCCUGAGUUGCUGUCAGAGGUGUUCGAUGCCUGCUAUGCCCCGACCCAGUUGAAGCAUGGCAACUUUGAGAAUAGAAAAGGCGAUCCCAGAUAUCCCAGGUUCGACCUCACCAGGGACUUCUUCACUCGGCUGGGCGAACGGAUUCCUCAUCGAAUACUGCUGGUUCUCGCCCGCCAAGGCGAGCAGAUCCUUGGUGGAGGGUUGUUCUUCAUCAAAGCCGGGCGGAUCUAUGGCCGGUACUGGGGGUGCAGAGAGGAACGGCCCGACCUGCCAUUUUUGCACUUCGAGUGCUGCUACUAUGCAGCCAUCGAACACGCCAUCCACCACGGCUACGAGCGAAUUGAGCCCGGAAAUGGCGGAGGCGGCGUCUGCCAGGUGCAACGGAGGCGAGGCUUCAACCCUGUCCCAACCUCCUCCUAUCACUUCAUCCCGGAUGAAGCGCUGCGGGAAGAGGUGACCCAGCUUGCCCGGGAGGCGGCCAAGGUCCAACCCUCCUGGACGGUACAACGAAAUUCUGCUUAUGCACCAAAGCCGCGAGAAUACCGCGAUGCUGUAUGA